AUGGCGCUUUUGUUCAACGUGGAGCGAGUGAAGUAUACAUGCACUUGUGGAAAUCGAUUUCCUCUUUGUAAAUUGUACGUGUGCAGGUACUGUCGAGAACUCAGAUGCAAAAUUUGUGUGUCACAUGAGCCGGACAACUUCUACUGUCCCCACUGCACAGAUGGCAUCACUGGGCCAGAAGUAAGGGAGAGGAAGAACCAGUGUCUGUCAUGCUUUAAUUGCCCCUCCUGUAACAACACCCUCACAGCCAGACUCACCACAGUCCAGACCACAAAUCCAGAGAACCCCACGGGCGAGCCUCUGCAGCGGAAGCAGUACUAUUUGGUGUGUGCUUGCUGUCGGUGGAGUUCCAGAGACGCAGACAUCCCUGAUGUGCAGAACCACGGGAGCUGGAGAGAACCCAAAACAGACAAGGAGAUGGAGGAAUUGCUGCUUGCUGUGAAAAAGUACUGGGCAACUGUCGGAGCAGAGGAGGCAAUGGAAGCACAGACGAAGAAGUUUCCGAAGAGAAAAUCUUACGCUUACAAGAGGGACUUGUUUCAACGGCGAAGAUCCAGUAUCUACAAAAGUCUAGCGAAGAACAAUGCAACCAUCAGCGACACAUCCGCUCAGAAGUCAUCUGAAAUCAAACCGACAGUUGAGGCCUUUAGUGAAGUAGACCCACUUCCAGAGUCGUACUGGACACAGCCUCUGAAUGUGAAUGCAGUGACAUCGCUGAGUCAGCGAAUCGCGUUUCCAUCUUUGAUGCCGGAGACUGCAGCUGAGUUGCACCCUAUGCGGAAGACGCUGACCAUUAAGAGAAGUCUGAGAUGUCCAGGAGCGGAUUGUGAUCACAACCUAGUGAAACCGGAGUAUGUUCCGCAGUCUAUCAAGUUCAAGCUCCAUCUAGUGGCACAGUUAUUCGUGCCAGAGAUUCGCCUCGCGUGCCAGCCCUCUCUGGAGAUGGAGAAGGAGUCAGUGUGUGUGCUGUCCAUCACAAACCCCACAGACUCCAUCAUCAGAGUCAGGAUCGCCCCCAUUGACUGUGAUGAGGAAACGGAAGAGUCUGUCGGAGAUCUAAUAGACGAGAUCAACACUAAUUUGAGUGUGGCUCCCCUGCUGCAAGAUGAAGGUGUGGAGAUUGGGGGUAAGUUGAAUGGACUGGAACUGGCGGCCGGAGAAUCAUUCAAUGGGGAGAGACAGUAUUCAGAUGACAGCAGUGUCAUUGUGCAGAGGAAAAUCAACAAGGUCUUUGUGAAGACCACUCUCGUCCCUAAUUUGCUAGGAGAGAAGAUAAUGGUUGGGUUAAACUUCCACUUCCAGCUGCUGACAGAUGACGCCAUUGCAAACAAAGACCCAUCAGUGCAGCUGAAGCUGAAUGAAGAGAAUUCAACUCCAAUGUCUACUAGAGUACUGCUUGACCUCGGAUUCGCCCACUAA